CUCGACCGGAUUCUUGAUUUUAUAGAAUCCAAAGCAGCUCAUGAAAAAGAGGUCGCCUACAAUAAAAAACUUGAUUGGGCUCUCGCUCUUUUGCAAUCUCAGGAAGCCCAUAAGAGAAAACUUGAGGGCGAGAUUGUGAACUUAGUGGAGCACAUUCAAGUUAUAGAGGACCGAGUUUUCUCUCCCGAGUCCAUAAUGCAAGAUGAGUUUAUAUAUACGGGUAGACUCCGAGAGGAUACCUUGACGAGCGAUGAAAAACUCGACCUCAUCCUUGCUCAUGUGGCGGCCCAAGCAACUCGACUAGAGGAGACUGAGGGUGGAUGUACCCGAUUGGUGGACCAGCUCGAUGGAAUAAUGGAUCACAUUCAAUCCGGUACACCCGUAAGGGAGCAUGCUCUAAAGGUCAUGGCGCAGCUCAAUGAGCUAGAGGUUCUUGGAGGAUUUAUUGACGGGGAAACCCAAGUUGAUAUCAUGCUCCAAUCUCUGCCGAAGAGUUUUGAUCAGUUCCGGUUGAACUAUAACAUGCACAAGAUGCAUAUGGCUCUUCCAGAACUGUUGUCAGAACUCCAGUCGGCUGAGGCCUUGUUCACUCAGAAACCAGUUGUGGUGGUUGCCGAGCAAGCUGGACCUUCCAGGACUCACAAGGGCAGGAAGAGGAAGAAGGCUGCAGGAAAGGCAAUGGCACAGAGCACCAAGUUAGUGCCUCAGCAGGCUGUGGCAAAGAAGCCGAAAGUAGUAAGGCGGCUAUCUCCCGAGGAAGUCAAGCGUCGGCGAGAGAAGGGCCUAUGUUUCAAAUGUGAGGAGAAUUUUACGCCAGGCCGUCAGUGUAAGCAAGCUUUUGUGAUCGAAGUUGCUAACUCUGAUGAGGAAGGAUCUGAGGUCGAGGAGGAACCACGACAGAAGGAUGAGGUUGAGGUGCCCGACGAAGAAGCAGAAAUCUCGAUGCACGCAAUGGCCGGGAUUAGAGGACCUCGAACGAUGCAAUUGCCAGCUUGGGUCAAGGAUCGUAGGGUGGUGGUGCUCGUAGACAACGGGUCAUCGCACAACUUCAUUAAUGCUGACUUGUCCCAGAAGCUGAACUUACCAAACACGAAGAUUGAGCCUUUUGAGGUACGAGUAGCUAAUGGUGAGAGGCUGCAAUGCACUGAAUCUUUUCGAAAGGUGCCGAUCAAGUUCCAAGGAGUCAUGGUAAAAGCUGAUCUUUAUGCUUUACCCCUAGUUGGACCGAAUGUCGUACUAGGAGACCAAUGGCUUGAAGGAUUAGGCAAAGUGACCACCGACUACCGAACCAGAGUUAUGGAGUUCAAAUCUGGAGGUCGACAAGUCACUCUGAGCACCGGCACUGAGAAAGGAACUAAAGAAGUUGGGUUGAAGAGUAUCGAAAGA